AUGGAGGGCUUCGACACCAUUACCAUGUCCUACUUGGCCGCGCCAAUGUCACUCCAGAACGUAACCGCGCCCGACCACCUGCAGGCCCCCAUGAUGCCCAUGGACCAGUUCGACCAGCGCUCUAAUUAUGACGCCGAGACCUUCGCCGGCAGCGAGGACGCCUUUGCACAGCACCACAUCCAGCCGCCGCCGCGCCUGCAGCGCUUCCCGAGCGCCUACGACGACCCCUUCUCCGACGUGCUGAGCACCUACGACCAGCCGCUGCAGCCAGACCCCAACGGCCUGCCCGAGAGCCCCAGCAUCGAGCGCGACAACAAGCUGCUCAGCUUCUCGCUCCCCAGCGUGCCCUACACCCUGCUCAACUAUGUCGCCCAACGUGUCUCCAUAUCUAUGUCUGCCCAGCUCCACGGCAUGUUCUUCCUUGCCGAAUCACCCUGGGCCUCAGCCGGUGAUGUCGCCGCAGCCCCGACCGAGUUGACUUGUUACCGCCGCAACCUCUUCCAGAUCACAGGCACUGUCACGCUACCUAGAAGCCUCCAAUUCCUCUUGACCGAUCAAGGGGACCAACUGCCCAUCAUCGGACAGGAGCUCACCAUAUCCGCGACAGAGUCGCUCGAGGGAAACCCAGUCAAGAUAAUAUCGGUGCCGUGGAAAACCCCUGCGAGCACUGCUGCAGUCGUCGAGGAUAAGACAGAGAAAGAGCCCCCUUCAUUUCCACUCGAUCUCAACAGUGGGCAAGACAUGGACUCGGACUACGUCAAUUUCCCAAUCAGCUGGAAGAGACUGCAAUUCAGAAUUGCCACUGCGAAUAAUGGGCGGCGGAAGGAGCUACAACAGCAUUUUGUCGUGAGGCUGAAGGUCGUGGCCAUUCUUUCCAACGGUGCCAAGGUGCCGGUUUGUGAGGUGCACUCAGGUGCCGUUAUCGUGCGCGGCCGCAGCCCGAGAAACUUUCAGUCCCGCAAAGACAUGCCAAUCAGUGGGACAGGUGGCUCUAUCCGCAAAGCUCACGCUUCGCACCAGCCGAGCAGGACACCAACAGGUGAUGCGCAGCAAACCAGCCACAGCAAUAACAAUGUGCAGACCACACCCGGUACGACCAAGGCGAUGGACACGCUCCAGCUCCCGUUCGAUUUUACCUCAAAUGAUCCUAUCCUGUCGCCUGAGUUCAGCCUGGACUGGAAAGUGCCUGCUGCCCCGAUGACUGCUAUCCCACCAGAUCCAACGCCCCCACCGAUAACGCCCUAUGCGCGGUCAACUCCAGAUCUUUCUCGGAGUGGCGCACAGGCACAACACGCAGUCAUGGCGCCAGUGUCCUUAUCUUUGACUGAUGACGAGCCGAAGAAAUCUGCAUCUCCGUCCGAGCAUGCAAAGAAGCGUGGCACUCCUGCGCGACCGCCCUCCUUUUCUGUUGGCCUGAUCAAUAGUCCAGAUGAAAGUGCAGAUCUGUUGUACGAGUAUUUCCCCCUCGGACUGGAUGACUGGAUGCCACCUGUCGAUGCUGUCUACCGGCCACAUGUUGUCCAUCAUACCAAUCUCCCACCAGAUCCGAAAGCGCUCGCGGUGAAGAGCAAGUCUAAACGAUACUUUUCUGAUGCUUGGUGA